AUGGAUCUUACAUUGCAGCCUGGCGACAGCUUCCCGGACAAUGUCGUAUUCCAGCAAGAUCCCCAUCUCCCUAUCUCUCAUAGUCAAGCUUGCGCCUUUACCCGGACAUGCUCCGGCCUUCACCUCCCCAAUUACAUUGACAAUCUUGCCGCACUCAAGGAAAAAGGUGUCGAUUUGGUGGCGAUUAUUUCCUUCAACGAUGCAAAUGUCAUGAGUGGCUGGGGGAAAGCAAAUAAUGUUACGAAUAACGAUAUUGUAUGGCUUAUGAGACAAUGGGCAAAUAAUACGCCGCUAACACACUGGACGCCAGAUAUUCCUCUCUGA